AUGGAUAACUUACUCUUAACUGCUCUAAUUCUGAGACUUACAGCAAAUAUGUUAAAAACCAAAUUAGAAUUAUUAGUAAAAGAGUUCAGCACUCUAAAAGCAAAGAUUACCACUAAACUGCACACCCAACAGCAAACUAUUAGCGAAAGCAAUCGAAAGUUAGAAUUAGCCACUAAGGAAAAUAGCGAAAAUGAAAAACUGUUAGAGCAAUUAGCCCAAGAGUUUAAAGCCUUAGCCGAACAAUUAAAUUAG